GCGUUCAACGUUUGGGACAAGCACCAACAGGGCUACAUCCCCUGGAAACCGGACUUUGCCAGCCUCUGGAGAUCUAUAGGCCAAAACCCGACAGAGGGGGAGAUCCGGCGAAUCAUUGAGGAGAACGACACCGGGACAGGUCACUUUCAGUUGGAGACCUUCCUCAAGCUCUGCGAGUCACGCGAGGAUGCCCUCCGCAAGGAACAACUCAUCGAGGCCUUUAAGACCUUCGACAAGGAUGGCAAAGGCACCAUUACGCUUGCGCAAUUUCGCUAUGUGCUGAUGCAGCUCGGAGAUCCAUUGGAUGAUGAGGAAGCAGACCAGUUUAUUGAAUUCGCGGACAAGAACAAAGAGGGACCCUCUGCCGAAAUCGACUACGAGGACCUCGUGGAGAGGUUGGACACUCGGGACCAAAAGUUCUGA